ACCAGAUUCAACAGACAAACACACCAAAAAUAUCAGGCUUAUUCAAUGAUGCUAAAUUAUUCGAUAUGGAUGUUGUUUAGCGUCGUGAUCAACUUGGCGUUGUCGCAAACUGUGAUCAAGGCUCAUCUAGAGCCCUUGGACGCUUCGGAAACAUUGGAAUGUCACAAAAGGAUGUAUACGUAUAGUGUCACUCAAACUGACGAAAAUGGGAAAUCUUGUCGCGAUAAAGUUUCUGUGAUGGCAUGCUGGGGCAGAUGCGAUUCAAACGAGAUUUCUGAUUGGAGAUUCCCGUACAAAAAGUCCAAUCACCCGGUUUGCGUGCACUUCGGAAGAAACCGCUCGGUGGUGAUACUAAGAAAUUGCGACGAAGGUGUGAUGCCGCUAACGAAUCGUUACGAGUAUUUGGAGGCGGCUGGGUGCAAGUGUCAACAAUGUUCCUCCUCCGACACCAGUUGCGAGGGCUUAAGGUACAGACCGCACAGAUCUCACCCAGAUGCGCUGGGAUUCAGAAUCAACUGAGAGUACUCAUUUUCAGAGAAG